AUGUUAAAGGAGCUAAGGAUGGAGUUGGAGAAAAUGCGUGAAGACUUCACUGCAAACCUUAAGGUUAAAGAAGAUGAAAGGAACUCUCAACUGGAAAAGGUUACAAAUGAUUUGAGCAACUGUAGGUCUGUGUUAGCAAGUAGAGAUGCAACUAUAAAAGAGCUCAAGGUGAAGUUAGAACAGAUCCAUGGAGACUCUACAGCAAAUAUCAAGGCUCAAGAAGCUGAACGGAAGUACCAACUGGAAAUGAUGGCAGGAGAUCUCAACAUGUGUAGGUCUCAGUUAGAGAGUAAAGAUGAAAAGAUUAAGAAGCUCAAGAUAGAAAUGGAGCAAAUGGAUGAAGUCCAUUCUGCAAGUCUCAUAGAUAAAGAAGCUGAAAUGAAUUCUCUACUGGAAAAUGUUACAAGUGACCUAAACAACUGUAGGUCUGAGUUAGCAAGUAGAGAUGCAACGAUAAAAGCACUGAGAAUGGAGUUGGAACAGACCCAAGGAGAUUUUCUUGCAAAUUUCAAGGCUAAAGAAGCUGAAUGGAGGUACCAUUUGGAAAUGAUGACAGGAGAUCUCACCAAGUGUAGGUCUCAGCUAGAUAGUAAAGAUGCAAGACUGAAGAAACUACGAAUGGACUUGGAAGAGUGUCGCUGUAUAAGCUUACAGCAGAAUGAGGAGAUUUCUGUGAUGUUAUUGGUGUUAAAAGACGUUAUCUCUGAGGCGCAAAUGAAGUUUGCAGAUGAAAAGGCUCAAAUAGACCAGACUGAAAAAGAGAAUGAACGGAAUAUUUCCCUAUUGAUGCAGCAGCUGGAGACAAAAAAUGCUACCAUUGAGAGAUUACAGAAAGAUAUUGAGAAGGAGCAUGAGAAUGUUGCAUCUUUGUUGAGAAGAGGUCAGACAUUGGAUGCCAUUGGUCAGCAGCAGCUUUUAAUGCAGAAAGAUCUUGAGCAGUAUGAGGAAAUGAUCAUGGAAUCAUUUGUGUGUGAGAUCUUCUUAAGAGAACAAAUUUUGCAAAUGGAAAGUGUUUUGAAAAAUAAACUGAGGGAAUUAUGCAUCGAACUAGACAUAACACACACUGAGCUGGCUGAGAAAAUCUGUGAAGGGAAUGAAAUUGAAUUUGAACUGUACAUAUGGAGAUCAGUUGCCAAAGGCUUAUUGGUUUAUCUUGAAGAAAACUAUGAAAUGCGUAAAGAGUUAGAAGCUUCUCUUCUUUGA